CCUAAUUUUCUCUCAAUGACAAGGAUUGUUCUGGCACCAGUUUUGGGCUACUUGAUUGUUAAAGAAAAUUUCAGUAUUGCAUUGGGUGUAUUUACUCUGGCUGGAAUAACAAAUUUGUUGGAUGGCUUUAUUGCAUGAAACUGGGCCAACCAAAAAUCUUUAGGAAGUGCCCUAGACCCUCUGGCUGAUAAAGUUGUUAUCAGCGUCCCGUACAUUAGUCUGACUUGUGCAAAUCUUAUUCCAGUUCCUCUUAAAUCUAUGAUCAUUUUUAGGGACAUUGCAUUAAUUGCUGCUGUUUUUUAUGUGCUAUACAGAACUGUUCCUCCACUAAGAACACUUAGAUAUUUUAAUCCAUGUUAUGCCACUGCUCAGUUAAAGCCAACAUUUAUCAGCAAGAUGAACACAGUAGUACAGCUCAUCUUAGUGGCAGCUUCUUUAGCAGCUCCUGUUUUCAAUUAUGUGGACAGGUAUCUUCAGGCCUUAUGGUGCAUCACAGCUUUUACAGUGACAGCAUCUGCUUACAGUUUAAGUAGCCGAAAAACAGUUCAGGUGCUAAACAGCAACUGAAGGAUUUCACAAGUG